AUGGCGACCGCUCUGGUGGCGUCAGCUUCAGUUCCUGCAAACCCUGAAAAGGAAAAAUGCGAAACAACCAUUCAAAAGGUCGUAAGCCCUGAAGCAUACAUCAAGCAUCCACUGCAAAACAAAUGGGCUCUUUGGUUUUUCAAGAACGACAAAAGUAAAACAUGGCAAGCCAACCUUCGUCUCAUCUCUAAAUUUGACACAGUGGAAGACUUCUGGGCAUUAUACAAUCACAUCCAGUUAUCAAGUAAUUUGAUGUCCGGCUGUGACUACUCACUGUUUAAGGAUGGGAUUGAACCCAUGUGGGAGGAUGAGCGGAACCGACGAGGCGGCCGAUGGCUGAUAACUCUGUCCAAGCAGCAGCGGAAAGCAGACCUGGAUCGGUUCUGGUUGGAGACGCUCUUGUGUCUCGUGGGUGAAGCUUUUGACGACCACAGUGAUGACGUGUGUGGCGCCGUCAUUAAUAUCCGAGCCAAAGGAGAUAAAAUAGCGAUAUGGACCACAAACUAUGAAAACAAAGAUGCCAUCACACACAUUGGACGUGUGUAUAAAGAGAGAUUAGGCGUUCCGCCAAAGGUGAUCAUCGGAUACCAGUCACAUGCAGACACGGCCACGAAGAGCGGCUCCACAACCAAGAACAAGUUUGUAGCCUGAGGACUCAUUACCCAGGAUCAUCA